CUCGCCGAAUAUUCCAAACCACCCCAAUUUGAUCCCCACUUUUUAAUAUCUAUUUUCCUUUUUGUUUUCAUUUAAAACAAGAAAUUUCCUUCCCUCCCUCUAAGCCAUCCCAAUAUAUAAAAAGCCGUAUCUCUCUCUAUCUGAAAAUCCCAUUCGCCUCACCGUUAAUCUCUACAACCUCAAAUCUAGAGCGAGAAACAGAGAGAUUCCUCUCGAAACUUUAAUGGAUAAAUCGCCCAUCGAUUCAACUCAGUUUCCCUCCUCGAUUCUUUCGAUUCGUUCUCAGCAGCACUCCAACCUCUUCUUAUUCAGAUCUUUUCGCUGUCGGCCUUGUAAUUCCCUCUGACGUGCACACAAUCCGCAGCUGUCACCCAUGGGAAAGCGUAGUUCUCAACGUAGGAAUGCUGCGAUGCUGGAUACUGACGACACUGAUAGUGUGAGCUCAUCUUCCACUGUCGGUACAGAUAACAUGUUGGUGUCUGGCAUGGAAGAAGUACAGCUGGACAAAGACAGUUUACUUGAUCAAUCCUUAGAUGCUUUAUACGAGAAAAGGGGUUCCACGAGAGAGAAGGCAUUGGCAGCAGUUAUAGAGGCUUUUAAUAGCUCUUUGCAGCACGAGUUCGUGGAAAAGAAGUUUGUUACACUACUGCAUCAGUGUUUGAACUCCAUUAAGCGGGGAUCUGCUAAGGAGAUAUCUUUAGCAUCUCAUGCAAUUGGAUUGUUGGCUCUCACCACGGGUCCUGGGGGCAAAGCACAAGAAAUAUUGGAAGAAUCAAUGCCUCCUAUUUUGCAGGCUCUCAAGUCUGGGUCUGAAGCAUCUAAGAUCUCAUCGUUGCUAGAGUGUUUAGCUAUUAUCACUUUUGUUGGUGGAAAUGAGGCGGAGGAAACAGAAAAAUCAAUGCAAACAAUGUGGCAAGUGGUUCAUCCAAAACUGGGUUCCAAUGUAGUUGCUUCUAAACCAUCACCAGGUGUAAUAACAGCGAUGGUCUCUUCUUGGUCAUUUCUUCUUACCUCUAUAGAUGGAUGGGCAAACAAUCCAAAAAAUUGCCAAGAGUCAAUUACUUAUUUCUCUACUCUGCUAGACAAGGAUGAUAGGUCUAUUCGGAUUGCAGCUGGUGAAGCACUUGCGUUGAUUUUUGAGGUUGGAAAAUUGGAGAAGCUUUCUGGUGAAGCUAAAGAAUCUAGUGACAGCUCCAUCUCUAGGGAAUUCACACAUAUACAGGGACUGAGAGCAAAAAUUCUGAAUCAAGUAAGAGUCCUUUCCUCGGAGGCAGGUGGUAAGGGUUCUGCUAAGAAAGACCUAAACAGUCAGCGGAGUUCGUUCCGAGACAUUCUUGAUUUUCUUGAGGACGGUUAUCCUCCAGAAACAUCAAUAAAGAUUGGAGGGGAGUCUCUGAAUGUGACAUCAUGGUCUCAACUGAUACAGUUGAACUUUUUAAGGCAUUUUCUUGGGGGAGGUUUUGUCAAGCACAUGCAGGAAAAUGAAUUUCUUCAUGACCUCUUUGGGUUCACACCGAAGAAGAAGCAGCUUCCUGGAGAUGAGUCUCGUAUGAGUACUAGUGACAAGAGAUGGUUCAAGUCACCAAACUCGGUUGUCAACAAGGCAAGGACACAGAUCCGGAAUAAGCAGCGAAUGAUGGCCCAGGGUAAGAACGCUGGCCACUUUGCAGUUGGUUUAGGAGAUGAGACGUGAAGUGCUGUCAGCCUAGUCUCUUGCACACUUUGCAGAUGUGGAGUGCCUCCCUAUAGAGGGGCUUUGUAAAAUAUUUAGCUUAGUUUUAUUAUUAUUAUUAUUAUUAUUAUCAUCCCAGAUGAUACAAUAUGCAGAAUGGGGAACCAUUUUAAUUGGUCGUCAUUUGUUGAACAUUGUUCUUGCUCGCUCCAUGAAGCAUUUUUAGGACAUCAAUAAAUUGAUUCUUGCUGAUUAUAAAAGAUAAAUUGAUUCUUCAAA